AGAGGAUGGCCGAUGUAACUGAUGGUAACUCCAGGUUGCGCUGUCGAUUCCGCCUCGUCCUGCACAAUCGAUCCCGUUGCAGGGACAACCAACAAGCUGAUGUUGCCGAAACGCACACAGUGAAAACGCUGACACGAUGGAUUUCAAUGUCAAGAAACUAGCGUCGGAUGCAGGUGUCUUCUUCACUCGUGCUGUUCAGUACACAGAGGAGAAGCUUGGCCAGGCAGAAAAGACUGAACUUGAUGCCCAUCUGGAGAACCUGAUUGCUCGAGCGGACUGCACCAAAAACUGGACCGAAAAGAUCUUCAGACAGACCGAGGUGCUGCUUCAACCCAACCCAAUUGACCAAACUGGUGCGCGUAUUGAAGAGUUUUUUUAUGAGAAAUUGGACAGAAAGAUCCCAUUCAGAACCACUAAUGCAGAGCUGCUGGGGCAGUAUAUGCAGGAUGCUGCAAAGGAAUUUGGGCCAGGAACUCCGUAUGGUAGUACUUUGAUCACUGUUGGAGAGUUUCAGCGGAGGUUGGGUGGAGCAGAGCGGGAAUUCCUACAUAUGUCAGCUAUUAACUUCCUCACACCACUGAGGAACUUUCUAGAGGGUGACUGGAAAACCAUUUCUAAAGAGAGAAGGCUACUUGAGAACCGACGCCUUGACCUGGACAUUUGCAAAGCUCGGCUCAAGAAGGCAAAGUUAGCAGAGGCCAAGGCUGCUCUGUGGAGUGAGGAAGUGGAUAAAGCAGAGCAUGAGUUGCGUGUGGCUCAGACUGAGUUUGACAGACAGGCAGAGGUCACAUGCCUCCUGCUGGAGGGCAUCAGCAGCACACACGUGAACCACUUGCGCUGUCUGCAUGAGUUUGUGGAGGCCCAGGCUGCUUAUUACGCACAGUGUCACAAGCACAUGCAGGAUCUUCAGAAAGAGCUGAGCAGUGCAAACGGAGAUGCGUUUCCUAAUGCUUUUGCUGUGAACGCCUCCACGUCAGGGGUGUCAGCAGGCCCUUCUCCCCUUUCCACUGCCACCCUACCUGGGGCUUCUCCACCUAGUCGUCCCCCAAACCCCUCCAAUGCCCUUGAGUCCAGCACGCUGAAGAUUGAGGAGGUGAAGCCUGCCGCCACUGGCACUCGCAAGGCCAAAGUGCUGUAUGACUAUGAUGCUGCAGAUACAAGUGAACUUUCCCUUCUCGCUGAUGAGCUUAUUACUGUGUACACGGUGCCCGGCAUGGACCCGGACUGGCUUAUUGGCGAGCGAGGCAACCAGAAAGGCAAAGUGCCUGUCACAUACCUGGAGCUCCUGAGCUAGAUGCCUCAUUAUGCAUGAACAAAUACUCAAGCACUCCUGAACACUCAGUGAAUUUAUCAGUUUUUUUUUCUUUUUUGUUACUGUGCAUAAAUAUGUAUUAUUGUUUUUUUAGGCCCUAUUUAUGUUCUAUGUGUAUGUUGUUUCAGUUGAACACUAUCCUGCAUAAGGCGUUUCUUUAAAUAACUGAUUUUAUUUCCUUUAUGAUCCUGUGACUGCUAUAUUUUCCUGAAGUCUUUCUUACCCUCCAAGUGAAGAAAACACAUCGACAAGCUUUUGUGUUGGAGCUGGAUCUGAGUGUGUGUGUCUGUGUGUGUGUGUGUGUGUGCACGUGUGUGAUAAUGAAGACACUAAACAUUUAGGCUUUGCUUCUUUGCGUGUCGUCUAGCUCAUCAUGCUUGUAUGCUUAUACGGUCAUGGUUUGAUAUCAGCACUUUUGAUUCCAAAUGCAGCAUUUUUUGUCCGUGUAUUUUGUCAGUGAUUGAGAAGAUUGUGAAGGUAUUAGGUGCAGUUAUGAUGUACAGUAUGUGGUUAACUGUGAUCUGAUCAUAUUCAAAAGACUGAUUUUCUUUACCUCCAGUGGUACUUAUUCACAUAUGCUCAGUCAUCACCUUCCCACUUUCAUCUUUGUGUUCUUUGCUUGUUGCAAAAAGCAAUGCAUAUUAAAUUAAUGCAAUUGAAAUAUAUAAUAAAGACAGAUUUACUGGGUUUUGAUCUUGAUGUUGUCUUUUUAAUGGGGCUUGUCGUCUAAAGUACUUAGCGGUAAGAUGUUAUCAGUGACUGGCUUUUAAAUCUGACUCUGGUAGGGUUUGCUGUUGGGGUUUGUUGUGAUUUACUAAUGCACUGAGGGUCAUGCUGGUAACUUUACUCCACUACUGCACUGACAAGUUGAUUUUGGAAAACAUUGCAGUGAUUGUGCAAGAUAAGUCAAGUUGUUUUUCUUUUUUCCUACCAUCACUCAGAAGGAA